UAUUAUCUGAUGCAUCCUGUUUGAUGCAGGACGAAAGGGAACUGAAAAGGCAGCGAAGAAAGCAGUCAAAUGGGGAAUCAGCCCGUCGAUCCAGGUUGCGUAAGCAGGCGGAAUGUGAAGAGCUAGCCCAAAGAGUUGAAAUUCUAACCGAGGAGAACUCCACACUUAGAUCAGAAGUCACUCGUAUCAGGAGCGAGUAUGAGCAGCUUCUCUCUCAGAAUGCUUCUCUGAAGGAGAGGCUUGGUGAAACUCCCAAAGGACAAGAAGAUUCAAGAACUGGCAAGAAUGACCAACAUUCAGGCAAUGAUAAUCAACAAGCAGUCGAAACAGAGCUUGUACAGAGUGGUCACUAAGACCAAAAGCCCUGCUUCAAAUCUGUUUGCAGGAGCAUAAACCUAACCCAUUAGCAGCAACAAAGUCCUUGUCUAUGUAGUAUGUCUUUUAAAUUCAUCAAGCUGACUUUUCAGUCAUGGAUAGCUGUUUCUACCAUAACGUUAUCAUUCCAUAUUUUUUCUUUUGAUAAUUUUUUAAUAGUCAAAGCCCUAGAAAGACAUCUAGAGAGCAGUACUUAUGGUUGAUGCAAUAUAUAGUUGAGGGGAGAGAAUAAUGAACUAC